AUGACACGGUUGGAGACUGGGCAAUUGUCACCUAUCAGUACAGAGCUAGAACUGCCGGCCGUCGAUACGACCAUCCCACAUAUGAUACACUCGGCGACCUCAUCGACAAACGAUUCUUGGAGUACAAGCUACAGUGAUGGCCCAGAUGGGGAAGAUGCAGAUCAUGAGGUGCAUUGGGAGCAGCCCUCUGACGAAAUGCUUACUGUUCCCAAGAUCGAGCCACUGGAUGAUGACGACUUUCAAAUGGACGAUGUUAAGGAGGCACCAAGGACGCCUCAAGCAGCAGCAGCACCCGCUGUAACUUCAGGUUGCCCGACUCAUGGCCUUAAGGCAAAACGACCAAGGGGUCGACCAAGGAAACACCCUUUGACUCCCCAAGUAGCCACCAACAAGGUAGCCAAGGGCCGGUCGAAAACGGGAUGCAUUACAUGCCGAAAGAGAAAGAAGAAGUGCGAUGAGGCCAAGCCACGGUGUAUGAAUUGUGAGAAGAAUGCUGUCGUGUGUGAAGGCUAUAAUGAGAAGACUAUCUGGAAGAGCGGCAGAGAAAGGGCCGAAGAAGGUGAUGCGCGCCGAUCAAGUCAGAGCCUUCCUGUCAUCACACUUCAGCCAAUAUUUCAGGGGGUUGAAACGCCAGAAGACAUGGUCUUCCUCAAUCAUUACAUCAACCAUCUCAGUGGUGUGCUCACUGUUGAAAGCCAGCACAAGAACGCAUUUAAGGACAUGCUCCUCCAGAUGGCUGUUGAGCACAGGGGUCUGAUGCAUUCUAUUUUAUGUUUGGCAAGCAAACACAUUGACUACGAGACGCCAUACGGAGCGAAGACUCUUGAGUCCAACCCGAAGGUUUCCGCUGAGAGCCUCGCCGCACGGUCUGAAUUCCACCAGGACGCUGCCAUGGCAAAGUUCCAUGAAGAUAUAAAUCAGGAGAGGAGUAAAGACGCUGCGUUACAGAAAGUCAAUCUUUCUGUGCGAUAUGGGCAAAUGCUUUGCAUGCUUCUCAAGUCCAUCACCAUGGGCUCGACGAACGGCGAGCACCGACUACACUUACAGGCUUACAAACAGCUGAUCCAAGGCUCGCCGCCCGACGACUCUGCGUUCCUGGUCUUCAUCACCGAGUUCUUCCAAUUUCACGUUUACGCAGACGAACUCAUUCGGUACCCAGACAUGUGCUCGCCUAGACUAGCCCAGGAGGACUGGGAGCCCUGGCUGCCGAUCCAGCCUGUGCGACUUAUUGGCGUGGCCGAUGGCCUGUUCCAGUAUCUGAGCCAAAUUACCACAAUACGAAACACUAUCAGGACCAACAUCCUCAACGAGGUUGACCCGGUGGUAGACUACGCGUCACUCUUCCGGGCUGCAGAGAUCGAUGCCGCCAUCAGGGAAUGGACUCCACAUUGGCCACCAGGAGAUAGCCGUGAGCGCGUUGGACUUCUGUACAAGCAGAUGAUGUGGGUGUAUCUCUUCCGCACUAUCUACCCUCCCUCAUCCUCGACGCCGCCAGCAAUUCCCUGCAGCGCUGUAGACCAAUAUCACCGCCCAACCUCACCGCCACUCUCACCAACCUCGCCGGUCCAUUCCGCCCACGACCCACUUUCGGCCGACCGGUUGCGAGCGAGUCAUGCCUCGGUCUCACGAGCAGAAUCACCGGCCCCCAUCCGUUUCCCGCCUCACCACGACGCGCGCAUCACUGUCGCCGUCGACGAGUCGCUCGCGAUUCUGGACUCCAUCAAGCCCAGCGAUCCCUGCCAGACACUCCUCCUGAUUCCUUGCCUCGUGAUCGGCUGCGCCAGUUUCUCGCCCAUCCAGCAGGACCGGAUCCGGACCACCUUGCGAGGUGUGCGCGGCUACACCGGCCUGCGCAACUGCGACCGCAUGCUCCAGCUGCUCGAGGAGAUCUGGCGUCUCAUGGGCCAGGGCGAAUGGGCUCUCGUUUGGGACUGGCAGGCCGUCGCCAAGCGCAUGGGACUUGACUUCUCCGUUGCCUGA